ACUUGGAAGGAAACAUACCUGCCAGUCUUGGAAAUUGUCAAAGUUUGCUAGAAUUGGACUUCUCUUAUAAUAAACUAAAUGGUACUAUUCCAAAAGAAGUUAUAGGUAUUCCUUCCCUUUCUAUUUCAUUUGUUGUGGGACGUAAUUCUUUGACUGGUUCAUUACCAUUAGAAGUGGGUAACUUGAAAGAUCUUGGGGAGUUGGUAAUCGCUAAGAACAAUUUUUCAGGUGAAAUACCAAACACACUUGGUAGUUGUGUUAGCUUGGAACUCCUAUAUAUGGCCGGUAACUCCUUUCAAGGAUCAUUACCUCUUUCCUUUGAGAAUUUAAGGGCACUAAAAGUUGUGGAUCUUUCAUGCAAUAAGCUAUCCGGGGUGAUUCCACAGUAUCUUGGGAAAUUUUCAUCCUUGGAGAGACUCAAUCUCUCUUUCAAUGAUUUUGAGGGUGAAGUACCAAAACAAGGGAUCUUUGCAAAUGUAAGUGCCAUUUCAGUCAUUGGAAACUAGGGUCUUUGUGGUGGUAUACCAGAACUGCAAUUACCUACAUGCUCCAAAGAAACACCUCAUAAAGAAGGGAAGGUUUCUGCAUUAAGUAUGAAAAUCAUAAUUUCUGUUGUGAUUUUGACGAUUGUUGUUGUCAUUUCAUGUUUCGUCGGCAUAUUCUUUUGGAUGAGACGCCCAAGGAAGAGAGCUUUUGCUGAACCUUCUCAUAACGAUUGGCAAUUUCGUCUCUCUUACUUAGAGCUAUUUAGAUCAACUAAUGGAUUUUCAUUGGAUAAUUUGGUUGGUAUUGGUAGCUUUGGUUCUGUGUAUAAAGCUGUUUUACGAGAAAGUGAAGAAGUAGUUGCUGUGAAAGUAUUCAACCUUCAGCAACGAGGAGCUUCUAAAAGUUUUACAGCUGAAUGCGAGACCUUGAAAAACAUUCGGCAUCGUAAUCUUGUCAAGAUAUUGACAGCAUGCUCAAGUAUUGAUUUUGAAAGGAAUGAAUUCAAUGCUCUAGUUUAUGAGUUCAUGCCCAAUGGGAGCCUAGACGAGUGGUUGCAUCCAAGAACUGAGCAGAUAAAGGGUCUAGACCUUAUUCAAAGGUUAAACAUAGCCAUCGAAGUAGCUGCUGCCUUGGAAUAUCUUCAUUUUGAUUGUGAAACACCUAUUGUUCAUUGUGAUUUAAAGCCAAGCAAUGUGCUUCUUGACAAAGAUAUGACUGCCCAUGUUGGUGAUUUUGGACUAGCACGAUUUCUUUCUGAAAGAUCCAACAAUCAAAGCACAUCAAUUGGGAUAAAAGGAUCAAUUGGGUACGUUCCUCCAGAGUACGGUAUGGGUGUCCAAGUGUCCAUACUUGGUGAUGCAUUCAGCUAUGGGGUCAUAUUACUGGAGAUGUUCACAGGAAAAAGUCCCAUUGAUGACAUGUUUAAAGAUGGUCGAAGUCUCCAUGAAUAUGCAGCAGCAGCAUGGCCUGAACGACUGAUGGAGAUUGCAGAUCCUUUAUUGUUCCUGGAAGAAGAAGAGACCAGAAAUUAUAGGGAAGAAUCACCAAUUGUCCAUGAAGGGAGUAGAAGUGGCAUUAAUGCUGGACAAAAAAUAAGAGAAAGCUUGGUUCCUAUAAUUCAAAUCGGCCUCUCAUGUUCUAACCCAUCACCGAGAGCUCGGAUGACUAUGAAGGAUGUUGGAAACAAAUUGCAUGUUGUUAGAGAUUCAAUUCUUCGAAAAUCAAAAUAGGAGCAAAUUUGGACAUUAUCACAAUUGAGAUUCAAAAUAAAAUCCAUCAUAAUGUUGUAGUGUGCCCAGUUUAAAGCAGGAAUAUGCAUCUUGCUCUUAUUGCUCCCCACCCUUCCUUUCCCCCCC